GGAAAGGUUCCAUGUGGAGGGACGUUCUUCUGCUCCUGGCCGGGGUUCUUCCUGUCCUAGGCUCACGGGGACCUCUUGAUUUACCAAAUUCCAGGGAGAUAACAUCUAAGGAGCGGGACGACUUUGUUCUUAUGGAAUGGGGAUACGACAGAGAAGUCCAGGAGAUUGUCAUCGAGUUACAGACACCGAUCGCCUCCUCUAUAGCUCUGGGUUUAGGCUCCGAUGUAUCUCUGAAUAAGACGGACUUUGUGGUGGCCGGAUGGAACAAACACAAUGAGACAUAUUUCUAUGACGCUCAUACAGAAGGGGAAUGGCCACCGGUGAAGGACAAGUCACAGGACUAUGUACUGCUCGACCUCAGCCGCAAUGAUACUCACUCCAUUAUGAGGGUCUGGAGAAAAUGGUUCACAUGUGAUCGUCGCGAUCAGGAAAUUGAGAAUGACACGAUAAGAGUGAUGGUUGUCAUUGGCGAUACAGAAGAGUUGGAGCUGUCAGAUGACCACACGUUCCGCAAGUCUAUUUUUUUCCUAGAAGUCCUGGAGCACAUAAUGUAUCCUGACAACGUAUUAAUCCACGAGUUCAAACUGACCGAUCAUAUUGUGGCAGAUCAAGAUACGUCCUAUGCAUGUACGUUCCUUCCGAUGCCCAGAGUGUCCAAGAAACAUCACAUUAUAAAGUAUGAGCCAGUCGAAGACCCGGAUACCAUUGGCAUAGUGCAUCACAUCCUGAUAUACGUUUGUGGGAACAACACUAUCCUCAUGUCAGAUGUUGGAGAUUGCUAUGGCAGUGAUUCUAGAUAUGCCCAGUGCAUGAGCGCUACGUUCGGUUGGGCUGUAGGUGGAGAGUCAUUCGAUUAUCCCUCAAAUUGUGGCGUUUCUGUAGGUACACCCGAUGAUCCACUGUACGUCAGAAUCGAAAUCCAUUACAGUAACUUUGAAAAUAAGGAAGGAUUGAAAGAUAGUUCCGGAAUGAGGAUUUAUUACACCCCCGAUCUGCGUCCUCAUGACUGUUCUACCUUGAUGACCGGAAUAUUCACAUUCCCAAUAGAGUUUAUUCCUCCCGGAUCUACAGCAUUCAGGAAUUAUGGAUUGUGCAACACUAAUUUGCUAGAGACCAUGUUAGGUAGACCUAUUCCUGAUCUUACUGUCACCACCUUUCUAUUGCAUGGACAUCUCACUGCUCGCGGGCUGCGGAUAAUGCAUUACAGAAAUGGCACUUUAAUAGGAAGCCUUGGGGAAGACAAGAAAUAUGAUUUCAGUUUUCAGCAAGUCCGAAAUUUACCUAGAGAGGUUACAGUAAAAAUGGGGGAUCAGAUAGUGGUUGAAUGUACAUCCAGCACAAUGGACAGAGAAGGCAACACCUAUGGUGGCCCUAGUACUCUAAAUGAAAUGUGUAUUGGAUUUGUUUUCUACUAUCCUGCCAUACCAGUUGCUUCUUGCUGGAGUUUAAUGGAUAUUCAUUAUGUCACUAAUGCUUUGGGGUUGGAUAAAGCAGAUAGUAUAAUGGACGCUAUUUUGAAUAUUGAUGCUGUUGAAUGGGAUGAUGAAAAAAAAAAAAUUGCCCAGAAGGCCGUCAUGGAGGCACCCCACCUUGCAGUGGUUGAGAAUCGAGAGGGAAGGAGGGUGAAUGAGACGAGUCCAUUACCCCCCAUCUCUCUACCUCCCCCGUUCCACUGUGAGGACGAUACCUUGGAUUAAAAUACAUGGACAUUCCAGUAGGAUUCCAACUAUCUCACGUCUACAUGGAGAGCCUUUAAGAUUUUAUAUAGAUUUUUUUUUUUGAUUUUUUUUUUUUUGUUAAAAUCUAAGUCACAAGUGUAGAGAAUUAAUGGAUACAGGGCUUUGGAUGGACUUCUAGAAGCUUCUGAACAAAUAGUGGUCUCCAACUUGUGGCUCUAGUCUCCAACCAUUUCAGAAAGACAACUACUGGCCUUCAGGGCAUGCUUGGAGUUGUGGUUCAGCAAUGGUGUGAGAAGUAGACAUGACAGUGGGAAAACAUUGUUUUGUGAUGUAACCCAAAACCAGCAAUGUCCAUUGAUGUGCAGAAGUUUUUAUUGAUUAGAAGGAAAACCAAAGCCAUGAUGUUCUCAAUGUUCUGGCUUGUAGGCCACACUGGUCCAUGUAUGUGUAUGGAAGGUUCAUCUAUAUGUCUGUGAAUAAUUGAAAUCCUACUUAUAAAAUAUAAUUCAAAGUCUUGAGCAAAAUCUAUGUGUGGCUGACUGGAAUUUCCCAUUAUCGGAAAUGUGGAUCCAAUACAAUACAAUAUGACAUGGUGCAUUAAAUUUCCA